GGCGCGCGCGCUCCCAGGUUGUCGGCGGCGCGCGCGCACCCUCCUCAUCUAGAGUCCUGUGGUAAAAGCCGUUCGGAAAAUGGCCGCCGCCGCCGCGCUGAGCGGAGGAGGAGGAGGCGAGGAGGACAGACUGGAAGAGCAGUCUGAAGACCAAGACCUCCAGGGCCUCAGAGAUAAGCCCCUGAAAUUCAGAAAGUUGAAGAGGGAUAAAAAGGAAGAGAAAGAAGGAAAACAUGAAUUCCCACAGCCAUCAUCACACCAGUCUGCUGAGCCAGCUGAGGCAGGAAAAGCAGAAACAUCAGAAGAGGCUGGGUCAGCCCCUGCUGCACCUGAAGCUUCAGCUUCCCCUAAACAACGGCGUUCUAUCAUCCGAGACCGGGGGCCCAUGUAUGAUGAUCCCACACUGCCAGAGGGCUGGACAAGAAAACUAAAACAGAGGAAAUCAGGUCGCUCUGCUGGGAAGUACGAUGUCUAUUUAAUCAAUCCACAGGGAAAAGCUUUUCGCUCCAAGGUAGAGUUGAUUGCAUACUUCGAAAAGGUAGGCGACACCUCCCUGGAUCCUAAUGAUUUUGACUUCACUGUAACUGGGAGAGGGAGUCCCUCCCGACGAGAGCAGAAACCACCUAAGAAGUCCAAAUCCCCUAAGGCUCCAGGGACAGGCCGAGGGAGGGGACGGCCCAAAGGGAGCGGCACAGUGAAACCCAGGGCCACAGCCUCAGAAGGGGUCCAGGUCAAAAGGGUGAUUGAGAAAAGUCCUGGGAAGCUCCUAGUCAAGAUGCCUUUUCAGCCCUCGCCAGGGGGGAAAGCUGAAGGGGGUGGGGCCACCACAUCCACCCAAGUCAUGGUGAUCAAGCGCCCUGGCAGGAAGCGGAAAGUCGAGAGUGAGCCACCGGUCAUCCCUAAGAAACGGGGGCGCAAGCCAGGAAGUAUGGUGACUGCUGCUGCUGUCGAAGCCAAGAAGAAAGCAAUCAAAGAGUCUUCCAUACGGUCCAUUCAUGAGACUGUGCUGCCCAUCAAAAAGCGGAAGACCCGGGAAACCGUCAGCAUCGAGGUGAAGGAAGUGGUGAAGCCCCUGCUUGUCUCAACUGUGGGGGAGAAGAGUGGGAAAGGACUCAAGCCUGGAAAGAGCCCAGGUCGGAAAAGCAAAGAGAGCAGCCCCAAAGGGCGAAGUGGUAGCACCUCCUCUUCCCCCCCGAAAAAGGAACCGCAGCAGCAACAGUACCACCACCACCACUACUACCCUUCCUCAGAGUCACCCAAGGCCCUUCCCCUUCCUCACCCUGAGCCAGAGAGCUCCAAGGACAGCAAAAGCCCCCCUGAACCUCAGGACUUAAGCAGCAAAGUUUGCAAAGAAGAGAAGAUGCCGAGAGGGGGUCCACCCGAGAGUGAUGGCUGCACAAAGGAGCCCGCUAAGACUCAACCUCCAGCUGCUGCCGCCACCACCGCUGCCACCACCGCGGCAGCAGAAAAGUUCAAACACCGAGCAGAGGGAGACCGAAAGGACAUUGUUUCAUCCUCCAUGCCGAGGCCAAACCGAGAGGAGCCUGUGGACAGCCGGACGCCCGUGACAGAGAGAGUUAGCUGACUUUUUAAAAAGUGGAUUUAAAAAACAAAAGAAUAAAGGCAGCUGUUGUCUCUUCUCCUUCUGGGCAGGUCUCGGACAAAGCUUCCCGAUUAACUGAAAUUAAAAAGGAUUUUUUUUUUUUCAGUCAA